CAGCUGAGAAACUUGCUACCACCUGGGCACCCCUCGUGCGCGCUACGGUCAAGGUAGGUAUAUAUACAGACGCGUGCAGGAACAGUCACUAAACCUACUUUCUCCAGUCAGACAGAAGCAGCUCACAGACAAACAGCAUGGCCUCCAAAACAGCGAAAUCAACAAAGCCCACAAAGGCUGCGGCUCCACAAAUAAAACUGUCCAAGGACGAGAUUGAAGAAGCCACCGAAGUGUUCGACCUUUUCGAUUUCUGGGAUGGUCGUGAUGGCGCCGUCGACGCUGCCAAGACCGGCGACAUGUUGUACUGUCUGGGCCUCAACCCUACCAUGACCACCAUCAUGAAGAACGGAGGUGUGGAGAAGUUUGGAGAGAAGAACUACAAACUGGAGGAGUUCCUGCCCAUCUACCAGACCGUCAUGCAGAUCAAGGACACGGGCACCUACGCCGACUUCAUGGAGGCUUUCAAGACAUUCGACAGGGAGGGCCAAGGCUUCAUCUCAUCUGCUGAGCUGAGGCACGUUCUGACAUCUCUGGGAGACAGACUGACCGACACCCAGAUGGACGACAUCAUCAAGUGCACAGACUUGAGAGAGGAUCUGGAGGGCAACGUCAAGUACGAGGACUUCAUCUCCAAGGUCAUGGCCGGACCUCCAGCAUAAUCCUCAUGUCAACCCUAUGUAAUUGGCUGUACGUUUUAUAGUUAAUUGGUCAUAUGAUUUGGCAUUUUAUCACACGAAAUUGCACAGUUUUCGCUCAAAUAUAACGUAAUACAUUUACGUUCAGUAUCAGAGAUGAAUUUCUAAAACAUCUAGCAUUGUCAUUAAUUAAAUGAAACAUUAGAUGUUACGCACGCACGUGUCGAUUUAAUUUGAAGCUAUUAGUCUUCAUUUCGUCGUUAUAGAAGGCUGGUAAUACUUCUACGAUAGUCUGAGCGCGGUACUGUUUAGUGCGUUGUAAUCAUUGCCAGAUUAAUGCUGAACACUACUCUUGUUUUAUGGGCUUCUCUGACGCUGAAUAUUAAAUUGCUUCAAUAAUAAAUGAAUUCAAA